UAAAACACUGCAAAUUUUUAACAUUGAGAUGAAGAGCAAGAUGAAAGCACACACAAUGGUGGAUGAAGUAACUUUCUGGAAGUGGAUUUCUGUGAAUACCAUCGGUCUUGUCACGGAUACUGCUGUGUAUCAUUGGAGCAUGGAAGGAGAUUCACAACCAUUGAAAAUGUUUGACAGACACUCCAUUCUGGCUGGAUGUCAAAUUAUCAACUAUCGUACAGAUCAAAAACAGAGUUGGUUACUAUUGAUUGGAAUUUCAGCUCAGCAAAAUCGUGUUGUUGGUGCUAUGCAGUUGUACUCUGUUGAGCGUAAAGUGAGUCAACCUAUUUUCUCAAUUUAAAAUGGAAGGAAAUCCAGAGUUUUUAACACUUGUUUGCUUUGCUGUCCGGGGUGCUCAAGGUGGAAAA